AAUUCCGAAAAGGUUGUCCAUUAAAAUCUUUGCACACCAGUUGGCUCUGCACCAUUUAAAGAUUCUUGGCCCCUUUAUCGCUUCGCUAGUUGUUCUUAUUCUCUUCCCCAGCUCUUCCUCUUCCAUUAUCACCACACAUAUUAUUCCACAGAAAACCAAAAGCAAGAAGAAGAUCAAUUAUGUGGCCUUUGUGGAUAUUAACCACACUUUGUCUUCUAUCCAACAACUUUGUUGUUUCUACGCGUGAGCUCCUACCGACACCGCCAUUGCCACUUCUUCCACUCCCAUCAUUUUCCCAGCUCAAAUGGCAGCAAAGGGAGAUCAUCAUGUUCUUCCACUUCGGAGUCAACACGUUCACCGACUCCGAAUGGGGCACCGGCCACGAAAACCCGGCUAUAUUCGACCCGGUCGGCCUCGACGCAAACCAAUGGGUAAGAACAGCCGUGGAUGCAGGUGUUUCCCUGGUGAUCCUGACCGCAAAACACCAUGACGGCUUCUGCCUGUGGCCUUCCAAAUACACCCGCCAUUCUGUCAGCACUAGUCCUUGGAAAAAUGGCACCGGCGACGUCGUUCAGGAGUUUGUCACCGCCGCGAAGGCCGCCGGCAUUGACGCCGGCCUCUACCUCUCCCCGUGGGAUCGCCAUGACCGGAGAUAUGGCCGGGAUUUACCGUACAAUGAAUACUACUUAGCCCAACUACAAGAGCUACUCAAAAAUUACGGAAGUAUUAGAGAAAUUUGGUUCGAUGGAGCGAAGGGUUCGAACGCGCCAAACAUGUCGUAUUACUUUACGGAUUGGUUCGCUAUGGUGAAGGCGUUACAAGCUUCCAUCAACAUAUUUUCCGACGCCGGUCCGGACGUCCGGUGGGUCGGAGGCGAGACAGGGUCCGCCGGGAGCACGUGCUGGUCCACGAUUAACCGGACCUCGCUAUCAAUCGGAAGUGCAACCAUUGUCGACUAUCUUAACACCGGCGAUCCGAAAGGGACCGAUUGGCUGCCUCCGGAGUGUGAUGUGUCGAUCCGUGCCGGAUGGUUUUGGCAUAAAUCACAGUCCCCGAAGAAGCUAAGUGAGCUACUAGAGAUAUACUAUAGUUCUGUGGGACGAAAUUGUUUGCUACUAUUAAACGUGCCCCCUAAUUCAACUGGCCUUAUUUCUGAAACUGAUGUUCAUAGAUUAAGAGAAUUCAGGUCUGCAAUUGACACAAUUUUUUCCACCAAUUUGGCUGAAAAAUGCUUUAUAAAAGCUAGCAGCCAAAGGGGCGGCAAAGGCGGUGGUUUCGGGCCUGAAAAUGUGCUUGAUGGUGACCACUUGUGGACAUAUUGGGCACCAAGGGAUGAUGAGAAUCUUGAGGAGCAUUGGAUUGAAAUUAGAGGGUUCGGGACCGAGGCCGGCGAAGGGCUGAAAUUUAAUGUGAUUAGGAUUCAGGAAGCGAUCGGGCUCGGUCAAAGGAUCAAACGGCACGAAAUUUACGUGAAUGGCAAGUGCGUCGCCAAAGGGACCACGGUGGGUUACAAGAGGCUUCACAGGCUAGAGGGAGGCAUGGUCCAGGGCCAAGUUGUGAGAAUAAGAGUUAGGGAGUCAAAGGGGGUGCCAUUGAUCUCUUCCAUUGGCCUGCAUUUUGACCCCUUUUGGCACCCAAAACUAAAAGGGCAGCAAUUAACGUGAAUCAAAAGUGAAAAAUGGUGAUCCAAGUACCCCUAAAGAAUAAAUGUGCUCAUGCUCUGCUGAUGGAGCAAUAUUGUCUUAUGCUGAAAAGAUAGACAGAAUAAAAGUAAGUGAAGUCCACAAUAUUGUUCUAUAGGCAUGGACCAUAGCAAAAAUGUUGGGCUUUAUUAGUGAUUUCUUUUUAAUUUCCCCCAUUCCAAAGUUGUUGUAUCUUGAUCAAUAAAUAAAUUGUUUUCUUAUAUUAUAAUAAAAUCCA